AUGUUCGAGAAGGUUGCAAAUGCAACAACCUCCAAGGAAGCAUGGGAUAUUCUUCAAACUUCUUUUAAAGGUUUGGACAAAGUGAAAAAAGUUCGCCUCCAAACCUUAAGAGGAGAGUUUGAAUCAUUGCAUAUGAAGGAAAAUGAAUAUGUUGUGGAUUAUAUUUCGAGAGUUUUGGCUAUUGUCAAUCAAAUGAAAAGAUAUGGUGAAGAGUUGAAAGAUGAUAGGGUCGUGGCAAAAAUACUACGAUCCUUAAUUUCAAAAUUUGAUUUUAUUGUUGUUGCCAUUGAAGAGUCCAAAGACUUGGACACCAUGACCAUAGACGAGCUUUCGAGUUCCUUGCAAGCACAUGAAGAGAAGUUGAAGAAACCGAAAGAAGAAUCGGUUGAACAAGCGUUGCAAGCAAAAUUUUCUUUCAAAGAGAAAGAUGAAAGGCGUGGCUCGCAACAAAGAGGCCGUGGAAAUGGAAGAGGUCGUGGUAGAGGCGGAAGAGGAGUAGUCAACCACCUUCAAGUAGAGAAAAUAAAGGCCAAGACUUUAAGUUCAAGAAGAGAUAACUUUGAAGAGAAAAAUAAUUUCGUGGAGAGCAAAAAUGAAGAUGAAGAUGCCACCUUGCUUCUCGCAUGCAAAGGAGAAGAAAGUGCCGAGAAGCACCGAUGGUACCUUGAUUCCGGUGCAAGUAGCCAUAUUUGUGGAAAGAGGGAUUUAUUUGUGGAACUUGAAGAGCUGAAUCGUGGCACAAUCACUUUUGGAGAUUCUUCACGUGUUAAAAUCAAAGGAAAAGGAUGUAUCUUUGGAAAGCAAGCUAGAAAAAGCUUUCCUAAAGAGUCUUUGACAAGAGCAAGAUGCCCUUUGGAGUUAAUUCACAUGGAUGCAAAAUCAGAGGUGUUUGAAACCUUUAAAAAAUUCAAGAGGAUGGUGGAGAAACAAAGUGGCUAUCAAAUUAAGUCACUUCGGUCGGACAAUGGUGGAGAAUUCACUUCAAAUGAAUUCAAAGUUUUUUGUGAGAAAAAUGGAGUUCGCCAUUUUUUAACCGUGCCAAGAUCACCACAACAAAAUGGCGUUGUGGAAAGAAAGAACCGGACCAUUCUUAACAUGGUGAGGAGUAUGUUGAAGAGCAAAAAUAUGCCAAAGGAAUUUUGGGCUGAAGCUGUUGCUUGUGCG